GCCAGCUUGUCUGCUUGUUGUUGCAUUGUUGCUUUUCUUGGAUUUCUUGUGAUCUUAUCUUUAUUUUUGUCCAAAUUUUGUUGGGGCCUGAUUUAGUUUCCCCGCAAUUUUAAUAUCUCCAGAUAUUCUUAAUAAUAAUAAGAAUGCUUUUCCACGGUAAAAGUAUGCUUAGGACGCGAGCUUUGUAAAUUCGUUACGUUAACUGUUCAGAUUGUUGCGGUUGUGGUUGGAAGAUCUCUUGCCUUUGAGAUAUCGUUUAGCGACUUCUGCAGCAGAACGUGAAAAUGCUGCAACUGCAGCGCUGCUGGAGUUUGGCCAAGACAUCCGGUUUUAGAGUGCGAACUGUACUGCGAAAGACUCAGCUGGAAUCUUUGGCUUAUUGUCGCCUGAAUUAUGCCAGUCUUAGUCAUGCUACUCCGCUUCGCAAAGCCGUCGAUGUGGAGCAUGUGGAGAAUCCCGAUGGAACUUGCAGCCAUGCUAAUCAAGCUCAGACUGCUACCAGCUGGCAUGCAGCCUUAACUUGCCCUAGCUAUUCCAGCAAAGAAGCCUACAGGGAUUCCUCACGCUCCUUUUCCUAUCAGGAUGUUGCCUCGGCGGCUUAUGCUAAUCACCUGAAACUGGAAGAGGAUUUCAAGGUAGAGAAGACCAUUAAGUCCAAGAGCAAGACACUGCAUGGGAAGCGCAUCGCCAUCUAUACUCCCCACGAUGUUUCCUUCGUCAUAAGUUUGUGGUCUACAUGGCUAUCAGGUGGAAUUGCCGUUCCAUUGGGUAUCAAGCAUCCGGAACCACAAUUGGAGUAUUUCUUGAAGAAUUCAGACACGUCGGUGAUAUUUUGCUCAGAAGAAACCCGGCCCUCAGCGGAACGCAUCGCCAAGGCCUGCGGCGCUGAAAUCCUCCCGAUUAAGCCAAUUUUUCCUGUCUCCAAUCCCGAGGAAUUACGCCGGGCAAUUACUCCGCUGACUCCGCCAGAGGAUGACGCUGCCUUAAUUCUGUACACCAGCGGCACCACCGGACAACCCAAGGGUGUUCUCUGGAAACACAAAGCGCUGACUGGACAAGUGGCCUCCAUGACUGAAUCCUGGCGGUGGUCAUCGGAGGAUACACUGCUCCAUGUUUUGCCUUUGUAUCAUCUGCACGGCUUGGUCAAUGGACUCAUAACGCCCCUAUCAUGUGGCGCGGCUGUGUGGAUGGAGCCCGAAUUUAAACCGGAAACGGUGUGGAGACAUCUGCUCAGCACGCAACAGAAUCGAGUUAAUGUAUUCACCGCGGUGCCGACCAUUUAUGUUAAGUUACUGGAGUAUUAUAAAGCUCAUCGUAAUAAACUGCCCAGUGAGAGCGAAGUGAAACGCAUCUGUCUUUCCAAAAUGCGCUUGAUGAUAAGUGGUUCUGCUCCGCUGCCGGACAGUGUUUUCCGGGCUUGGGAAAAUUUGACUGGGCAUAAACUCCUAGAGCGAUAUGGAAUGACGGAGACUGGCAUGAUUUUAACCAAUCCCUUAAAUGGUCCACGGCUGCCGGGCACUGUAGGACAACCCUUUCCGAAUGUGGUUACACGGAUUGUGCCUGUGAAAGAGAAAGAAAAUGCAGUACCCAAGGAGGGUGAUAAACCUACAGAAAAGCCUACCUUUUUGGAAAACUUGAAGAAACACGCUGGCAAAAGUAAGGAGUCAAAAGAAGAUAAGGAAGCUAAAAAUGAAGACCACAUAAAGCAUGUCACUACGGAGAGGUUGGAUGAACCGGUGGUCGGCGAACUUCAGGUUUCGGGUCCCAAUAUUUUCAGUGGAUACUGGAACAACGAAAAAGCCACCCGCGAAUCAUUCAGCGAUGAUGGUUGGUUUCGUACGGGCGAUACCGCCGAGUUGCGAAAUGGUGUGUACCGUUUGCUUGGUCGUACCUCGACAGAAAUUAUUAAAUCGGGAGGUUACAAGCUGAGCGCAUUGGAUAUUGAGCGGCGGUUAACUGAGCAUCCCAGCGUUGCGGAAUGUGUUGUGUUUGGUGUACCGGAUGCCGUAUGGGGUGAGAAGGUGGUAUCGUAUAUCUUGCUGAAUGAUAAGCCGUCCGAAGAGUUUCUGAGUAAUGAUGCAGAAAGAAUUCAUAAGGCCGUUGCCGAAUGGAUAACCCAAAUGCUCCCCGCGUAUCAUGCACCCAGAGAGAUCAGAAUUGAGGAAAUUACUCGAAAUCAAAUGGGAAAAGUUAACAAGAAGGAACUUGUAAAAGAAUACCAGGCUAGCACCACUGCUGCUAAAGACCAGUCGACCACUCCAAGUGCUAAGGACGCAUCUCCGAAAGCUAGUUGAUUGAAUGUUUGUUUCUGGCGCAUUAUAGUGAUUAAUCUUCUGACGGAUGACAGUGUCGUUCCAGGAUGUUUCUGGAUGUUGAUGGUGGUAUAGAGUGUUUAUUGAUAGAAAAGCAUAACUUAAAUUUAGUACUAAACUACGUACUAAGCAAGUUUUUAAAGAGGAGCGAUGCGUGCAUUGUGCCAGUUGUUCAUCGCAUUCUGUUUUUGGUUGUUGCAGUUCCGAUGCACGGUAAAGUCAAACAAUUAGCUUAUCUGUACAAAAUUUGAAACAAGAUAAAGGGUAAUAGGGCAAGUA